AUGUUCCGAAAAACCCGGCCCGUGCAAACGGUCGCCACGGUGUUCGUGGUGAUCCUGAUCUACAUGGCUGCGAUCACAUUAUGGCAAAAUGGCGACCCCAAAUCGAUGCUGGAAGACCGGCUACAUGCCGUAUCCUCGGGGUCGACGAAUCCCCCGCCGGUGGAUGUCAAGGUCAUACCGGAAUCGCCGCCCGCGCCAGUUGUGCCGGCAUCGAAUGCCUCGAAUGCCUCGAACGCCUCGAACGCAUCGGCGCCCGCCCAGAAUAAACCUAAGCGGCGCGAUCCCAUCGAGGAUAUCGCGAACUCGACUCUCGGGUUUGAGAAGAUUUAUGCAAUGGGGUUCAGUGAUCGAUCCGACAAGCGCGAUGCCCUGUCCCUUGGCGCGGCGAUGACGAACAUGGAAUUGACUUGGAUCGAGGGUGUCAAGGCCAAAGACAUCCCGGACAAAGCAUACCCCGCAACCUGGGACCGGAACCGAGAAGUGCCCGAUGAGGUUGGCUGCUGGCGAGCUCAUAUGGAUGCGGCCCAAGAUAUGGUUCUAAACAACGUCAGCUCGGCGCUGUUCCUUGAAGACGACGCCGACUGGGACGUGACCCUACGAACGCAACUGAAGGAAUUCGCGCGCGGAGCGCGUGAGUUCCUCAAGACGCCGCAUCCGGAAACCCCUUACGGCGACAACUGGGACCUGCUCUGGUUUGGAUUCUGUGCGAUAGAAGCAAUGGACAAGGAGCACGCGUACCGCAUCCCGUUCGACCCGACGGUGCGACCGAUCAACCACCGGUACGAGUUCCAUUACCCUCGAUUCGUGGACCGACCCGAGCACCAGCGGUCACGGUUUGUGCUGGACGGCACGGCCAACAUUUGCACGCACGGCUACGGCAUUUCCAACCAAGGCGCGCGCAAGUUGCUGGCCACCACGUCGCUGGAACCCAACAACGACGCCAUCGACUUUGCGCUCGCGAGUCUGUGCCGCCAGGACGAAUCCAAGGAUAUGCCCUUCCACUGCAUCUCCCCUUACCCGCCCCUGCUCACCCACUGGCGUAAGGCCGGGAUGAGUGCCUCUGAUUCGGAUGUGCGAGAUUCCGGCAACCAUUGGCAUGAAGCCCACUCCGUCUCCGCGACCUUCAGUACCAUGCUCAACAUCCACCGCUUCCUCAAGGGUGAGAAAACCGCUCUUGCGCAAUGGCCCGAUUUCAAACCAAGUGAACUUGACCCGAGCACAUUUAAGCUUCCUCGCGGCCGAAUGAUCAAUGUCAACCACGAUGAUGGCCCAGAGAACAACUUGGAAGGCCAACCAGAUGCGGAGGAACUCGCCAAAAUAGCAAAGGAAAAAGAAGAAGAAGAAAGGCAAAAGGAAGCGGAAGAACAAGGUGGAGAUCAAGGAGGAGGUCAAGGAAAGGGGGAGACACAAGACAAGCAAAAAGAAAAAGGACAAGAAGAUGAGGAGGAUGAGGAGGAAACACCAGAAGAUGAAGAAGAUGAAGAAGAUCAAGAAGAAGAACAAGACCAGAAAUCAGGAUCUGGGAACGGACAAAACACCAAAGAGUCUGGGCAGAAGACAAACAAAACCGACAAGACGAACGAGGCCGACACAAAGAAUAAAGACUCAACGAGCAAGGCAGACAAGAACAAGGACAAGACGAACGAGGCGGACACGACAAACCAAGACUCCACAGGCAAGACCAACAAGAACAAGGACAAGAACAAGGAGAACAGCAAGAACGUGGCCCAGGCAGACGAAAUGAGCGACGCCGAUGUAAUGGGCAUUCCCGAUUCGGCGAACUCGAGAGAGCGUGCUGGUGCCGGGCCAAGCGAUACCGAGGAGCUGCGUACAUAG